AUGGCUUGUCCACACCUCGAUUCGAUAUCUUUGACCCCCCCUACGCCGGCCCAGUCGGUUUACCGCGAAGACUGCACGCAGUGCUUCGAUUCUAUUGACGAGCCAGAAGGUCUCGAUGUCUGCCUUCAGUGUUUCAACGGAGGUUGUCUCGGCGUGAGAACUCAUUCGCAACUUCAUCAUGUUACCCGUAGCCAUCCCCUGGCUCUUAACAUUCGUCGAACUCGAAAACGUGUCGUAAAGGACGAACCACCUGCCAAGAUGACCAAACUAGCUAUUGCAGCCGAGACCGAAGCCGAUCUUUACGAUAUUACGACCGCAGUAAAAUGUCACGAGUGCUCUACAGAGCUCGACAAGACCAGCUCCAAGCUCGCACCUAUGGUGGACAGCAUCCUCAAGGCCAACACUUUUUCGCGACAAGAGGAGGUCAAGGCUUGGGAGCAGGAGUUGACAUCGUGCGAACACAUCCUCCUAUUGCAACAACACGAAAGCCGAAAGAUUCAGAGCGGUGAUCUAGGCUACUGUUCCAAGUGCGAUCUUAAAGAGAAUCUAUGGCUGUGCUUGGAAUGCGGUAACUUGGGUUGUGGCCGGGCUCAGUUUGGUGGUGUAGGAGGCAAUUCUCAUGGCUUAGCGCACGCGACCGAGUCGAAGCAUGCUGUGGCAGUGAAGCUAGGAUCCAUUAGUCCAGAGGGCACGGCAGAUGUAUACUGUUACGAAUGCGACGACGAGCGUGUGGAUGAUAACCUCUCAACCCACCUCGCCCAUUGGGGCAUCAUACUUGCUGAUCGGGUCAAGACAGAGAAGAGUUUAACGGAGAUGCAGAUCGAGCAAAACCUGCGCUGGGAGUUUUCCAUGACCACUGAGGACGGAAAGGAGCUCAAGCCGCUGUUCGGACCUGGCCUAACUGGAUUGAAGAACCUUGGAAACAGCUGUUACCUUGCGAGUAUCUUGCAGUGCUUAUUCGACCUUCCCGCCUUCCAGGAGCGAUACAACAUCCCAGAAAUUGAUCUUCCUAUCGUCCCCGACCCAGCCCAAGAUUUGGAGACGCAGCUUCGAAAAUUGGGCGAUGGUCUUCUGUCGGGUCGGUACUCCAAGCCGGACACCAAUGUCAUCGCGUCUCAAGAUUCUCCAGACAUACCGUAUCAGAGAGGUAUUGCACCAAGUAUGUUGAAGCAUCUGAUCGGCCGUGGACAUGGAGAAUUCUCCACAAUGCGCCAGCAGGAUGCCUUUGAGCUUCUUCAACACUUAAUCAAGCUUAUUACCAGAUCGCAGCAUCCCGCUCACUUAACUGACCCCACGAAGCCAUUCCGAUUUGCCAUCGAGCAGCGGCUACAAUGCUUAGCCUGCAAAAAGGUUCGAUAUACCAGCACUGAGCAGGAUAGCAUUUUCAUUGACGUUCCCUUGGAAAAGUUGCAAGCUGUGGAGGGCGAAGGAGAAAGAUAUAAGCCUGUCACGUUCAAGCAAUGCCUGGACAUUUUUACCACGCAAGAGGUAGUAGAACUAACCUGCGCUUCAUGUGGGAGCAAAGACGGAUUCAAGAAGCGGUCUUUAUUCAAGACUUUUCCCACGACCCUCGUCGUCAAUGCACGAAAGAUGACGAUUGAGAAUUGGGUUCCUCGUAAGGUCGAUGUCCCCGUUAUAGUAGAGAAUGAGCCAUUCCUACUUGAUGAAUACAUAUCAUCUGGUCUUCAACCAUCUGAAGAGUUGUUGCCAGAAGAGGGAGGGACGGAAUCCCCGGCUUUCGUUCCCAAUGAAGCCGCGCUUGAUGGGCUGAUGGCAAUGGGAUUCCCUCGCAAUCGCUGCGAAAAAGCGCUACAUGCGACGGGUAACUCGGAUGCCAAUGCAGCGAUGGAGUGGCUAUUUGGCCACAUGGAGGACCCAGAUAUCGACGAGCCUUUAAGCAUUACGUCUACCAGCACAGGAGGUAACGCCACGGCAGAUCCGGAGAAGAUUGAGAUGCUAGGGGCUAUGGGAUUUGGCGCACCACAGGCCCGAAAAGCUCUCAAAGAAACCAAUGGAGAUGUGGAACGCGCAGUCGAAUGGCUGUUUAGCCACCCGGAUGACCAGGGCGAGUUUGAUGAUGAAUCCAGUCCUGCUGGGGCGAAAGAGACUGAGGCUGUUGCCGCCGCUGGUAGUGCAGAGCUACCUGCCAAAUUCCAGCUACAGAGCAUUGUGUGCCACAAGGGCACUAGUAUUCAUACGGGGCAUUACGUGGCAUUCAUACGCAAGUUAUUGGACGUCACAACUCCCAAAUGGGUGUUAUUUAACGACGAGAAGGUCGUCGAAGCGGGUGACAUAGAGGAAAUGAAGAAGACGGCCUACGUCUACUUUUUCAACCGCGUGAAUUGAUCGGAGUUGGUGUAGUAUAGCAAGCAUAAGGAAAAGGGUAUGAGUAGGAAGGUAGGUAGGCAUCCGGGUCGACUCUGGGGGUUCUCAUAGAAUUUGACGAAUAUCAACAAAUACAUGAGGGAUGAGACAAGACAUGCCUAUUAUCAUGGCUAAGGAAUCAUGGAGAUAAACAUAGAAUGGUUGAGGGCUACACUGGUGGCUACUUGCAAAAUGAACCAUCGUUAAUGGUUGCAAAACCCACCAUCACCUAAUGAGCCAUAACUUUUCCAAGCACGAGUGACCUACC